GGUGCCGCGAGCGAGGCGGCGCCGCAGCCCGCCCGCUAUGCCCGCCGCGCCGCCGUGAGGCCCGCGCGCCGCGCCAUGGGGCCGGACCUAGGCUGGGCCGCGCUGGUGGUGCUCUUCGCCGCCUCUCUGCUCACCGUGGCGGCCUGGCUGCUGCAGUACUGGCGGUCCGCGGCCCUGCGAGCGCCACGGCGGCGCGCGGCGGCUGCGGAGGAGGCCGGAGCCCGGGCGCUGCUCGCGGCACUUCUCGCACUCAGGUCCCUACGGGAGCAGUGGCAGCGAGCUUGGGUGCGAGCUCUGAACAGCCAGGCACGCCGUCACGGGAGUUCAGUGCAGAUCACAUUUGAAGAGGGUCCUCAGUUACCGCAAGCUGCAAAUAUAAGUUGUGUGACAUGCAAGGGACAGUCGGACCACAGCAUGGUGCUGUGCUGCCAUCUGUCAGCUGAAGCUGUGAAAUUCCCUGUCUCUGUUACUCAGCAGUCUCCAGUUGCUGUUUCAGUGGACACAUAUCAUGUCACUUUGGCUGUGCUGCAGGCUCAGUUGGAGAUCUGCUUGGAGGAGGUACAGAAUGAGGGCCUCCUAGUGUCGUGGACAUUCAAGGACAAACCAGACCUGGACCUUUUGGUUCUUCCACGACUUGAGCUUCCUGAGGAUGAAGGGAUAGUGGAUCUGUCCACUAUAAAGGAUCUGAUCGAGGAUACCAUUGUCAGCACUCGGCCAGCCAUGACGGUGAAUCUGAUGGCCUGCACCGGUGGAGCCAGUGUGGUACCCAGCAAUAAGUUGACUCAAGAGUCCCCGUCCGGAGUAGCAGCAGUCCCUCUGGGUUCUAAGCUGUUGCUUCGGAAUCUUCGAGUGGUGAACUUGGGCUGCCAGGGGAAGGGAGGAGUUGGGGAGAUACGCUGCGUGGCAGAGUUAGACAGCCCCCCGCAGCAGAAGUGGACGAGGCCAAUGACAGGUGGCAGUGUUCGUGCUGCAGGAGAGAUGGAGUGGAAUGACGAGUUCUUUCUGGAGUUGGGACCUAAAAGCAAAGAACUGAAACUACAGGUGCUGGGGAGCAGCGACGGAGGGACAAACGUGCUGCUGGCAUAUGCCACGCUUUUGAUUGAUUCUUUGGGCAGACAACCAUCUGGGAGACAGGUCUGCUCACUGGCCCCAGGAGCUGGACAGUCACUGACAGCUGAAGCUACCAUUACAUUGGAGCUGCUGUUCCAGGAAUCUCCUGCAUCUUUGAAUACUCAGCACGCCACAUCUCUGCGAACCAGCAUCACCCCCACUAAGAAGGUGGAGAUGGACCGGACCAUCAUGCCCGAUGGCACUAUCGUGACUACUGUCACUACAAUUCAGUCCCGGCCCAAGGCAGACUGCAAACUGGAUUCACCAUCGAGGUCGCCUUCCAAGGUGGAAGUGACCGAAAACAAGACAACAGUGCUUUUGGAGACCGGCUGUCCUCACAGGCACUUGCCCAGCGGUAGCCGGGAUAGCCAUAUGCCCAAUGGCUUGGAUCCGGUGGCCGAGACAGCAAUCAGGCAGCUAACCGAGACGAAUAACAAGACCACCAAGAAGACACCAACAAAACGUAGUACACUGAUCAUCUCAGGAGUGUCCAAGGUACCUAUUGCUCGAGACGAAAUGGCGCUUUCUCUGGGUUAUGCUGCAUCUCUGGAGGCUACAGUCUGUGGGGACUCUGAGGCAGAGGGCACAGGUGAUCGGAUGCAYGAUUCUCCCGAAUUGUCACAGCCACUGGAAGCGUCACCAUUGGGACAAAGGGACAGUCAGGAGCUGGAUGAGACAACGCGAUCAGACAUCUCUGAAAGACCAUCAGUGGAAGAUGUUGAGUCUGAAACUGGCUCCAUGGGAGCCCUUGACACCAGGAGCUUGAAAGAUCACAAAGUUAGCUUUCUUCGGAGCGGUACCAAGCUCAUCUUCCGGAGAAGGAGCAAGCAGAAGGAAGCGGGCCUGAGUCAGUCACAUGAUGACUUGUCUAAUGCCACCGCCAGCUCCAUCACCAGAAAGAAAACUGGCAGCUUCUCUCACCGCCUCAUCAAACGCUUCUCCUUCAAGUCUAAAUCCAAACCCAAAGGUUGUGACAGCAUAUCAGCAGAGGCUGUCACCUGAGGUGCUCUGCAGGGUGAUGCAUUCCUGGGCUGUGAGCUGUCACAGGACAGCUGUCAGAGUUGUGGUCCUCCCCCCGGAUCAGCUGCUGGAGCAGUCUGUGGUUCAGACAGCAUUGAGGAACCCCUGCUUCCUUGGUGAAGGAAGGAAUCUCCAGGAAGAAGGAAGAUUUAACCACUGCACGAGUUUUUGUAGAAGCCUGAACCCUCACAAGAACUCCUGGUCAGUGCUGGUGAUUCUGCCACGCUGUUACACAGCACUCCUUCCACAUCUGUGUUGUUGAACAGGGACUGUACCAAAUGCACCAGCUACUGUAUGAGCAGUUCCCUUACUCUUGGGAAUGGUUGGGAUGUUGCCAAAGGGCUGCCAGGCUGUCUUCCAGACCUGCAGAGCGUCGGGUCGCAUGCUGUCAUGCUUCUUGUGCCAAGGAGUGGCACCAUGGUGGGGAUGGAUGACGAGGAAUAAGGCAAGGAAUGUAGGGAAGGGCAGUCUGGUUUGCAGCCUGAAGGCACGUGGCAGAAAGAGGGAAGAGUUUACAUGUUUUCACCUGUAGUAGAAGGAAUGUUUCUGGAUUGCAUUUGGUAUUUCCUUUCUUCUUGCAAACACCCUGWAUAAACAUAGGGCAUUUCUACAGCACGUAUUUGCAGAGGGAGAAGUGUGCAGGGUAACAUAGAAUCUUUGUGCAGGAGGAGACACCAGUUUGACAUAGCCUUCUUUUGCCGGAUUGGUGCGGUGCUGUCACACGCAGUUCUGUCCCUCUCAGGCACACAUUUGCUCUCCAAGUCUCGGAGUCUGGUUCCAGUUUGGCAUUCUCUCUAAUGCACCAUGCCCUCUAUGACUCGUAGCUAUUGCAGAUUUUUUAAAAUUCCUUUUAACACCAUUUCAAGGUAUUAGUCCUUGAAAUUUGAAACCAGACGUAACUGUUUCUCUUGUGGGAUGCAGUGAAGCCUUACAUUAGAAAUGCUGGUUUGAGUGGAAGAGCCUACUAUCCACAUAUGGGUUAAUCACAGGACCUGCCACGAAUCUUAUUUGAUAGUCCUGUGUUCUUUUCUUUAAACUGUAAGAGCAGCUUGAUCUGUCUUGGUGCGGAGUGGCUAGAGGUGAAUGCCGAGGAUCACCAUUGUUCUUCGAAGUCAGGGAUCUGAGGCUCAUGUACACCAGGAGGGCUGUGAGGGUUAGCCAGUGUUGUCCUUGUCAAGGUAGAUGUGAGGCAAGGAAGGCAAGGUUUGUGUCUGACAAACACAUACCUAAAUUCUUGACUGGCAUGCUAAGGUCUGGCUUGGAGGAGAAGGUGAUAGGAGAGGGAGUAAAAUGUAAUCUUGAGUUCCUCACUGGCCUCGGGGACCCUUUCUAGCCAUGUUAAAUGGGCAAUUCCUGUCAUGUGUCCAUGGCUUUCCUGUUUUGUUCCCGUUCCAGGCUGUGCUUGCCAAUGACUUGCAGUGUAGGUACUGGUUUUGAUUUUGAACUUUCAUGUGGCAGAAGACUCCUGCCCUGUGCUCAGCAGAAUGAAUGGCAUGUGGGAAGCAUGCCAAUAGGGGCAUAUCUUCCCUUGAAUUUAUAGCAGUGUUUUUUACCACAGGCAAUAAUAUGUGCUGCAGAUCUGUGUCUGGUUAGACAGCUUGCAGAGGAAAGGGGUGUUGUCAAGUGCUGACGGAGCGCAUCCCCAAAAAUUAAGUCCUACAUCCGCUUGUGUUUUGUACACAUUUCCUGAUGUUUUGUUGCUUCUCAAAGUUGUACAGCAUGGAACUGAUAAAUGUAACCUUUAAUCUUCUCGGCAGACCGUUUUACAGGGUGUUUGGCUAAAGUGCCAUUUGAGGAACAGAGGGAUAGCAGGGCACGGCCCUGCUGAGUGCGUUGGAAAUUUUUUUGAUUCUGAUGCGCUUCUCAUUAAUUGUGUCGAUCCUUUCUUCUCUUACCUGAACAAGGUGUCCUUUCUGGCCCAUGGAGAUGUUUUCUUCCCCCAAGCAGCGGGUGCUGGUUUUGUUAGUCCUGAGUAUGUGAGCACAGGUGACUCCCCUGGUUUCUCAACGGCAUGAAUGGUAACAAAUCUGCCUCAUGGUGGAGGUGUGAGUAUUGGUGUGAGAAACAAUUCUAAUCAUCUGAGAUGGAAAGGGACGAUCACGUAGGGUUUUGUUCUCUAGAAGAUGCAAAGAUGAAGUCCCUGAGAAUUUCCCCCCAUUGUAUUGGUGCUUUAAGAAACUUCAUUUGUAUUUAAUCCCUGCUUGUGCUUCUGGCUUUAGGACAGAAGAAACGCUGUUUGCAAUCUUCUUGCCCUGUGUAACUUCUUUCAGAUACCUGUGCCGUCAUCUUGGUACUGCUGUGGCCUCUCUGGCAUUUCAUAGUGCCUGGGACCACAGAGCAACCCCGUGAAUGGUGCAGGCCACCGUCAAACUUUUUAAGCUCGAAUGAUCUGCAGUCGGCAGAUUGUUGUCUCAGGGUAGGUUCACUGUUUGCACCUUGUGAAAUUGGUCCUUGACCCAAUAUAUGGUGGAAGAUGAAUAGCAGAGCGGUGGACUCGAAUGCUUGGAGGCUUCUGAAGGAGUUCAGCCUGUCUAUGAGGGCCUGCCUUCCAAAUGCUGUGUCUUGCUACUGGCUGCACAAGCAGGAAUGGUGACUUGUAAAUGAAGCCAAAGUAGGUAAUUUGUUGGGAUUGUUUUGGUUUUUUGUUUGUUUUGGUUCGCUUGGAGGGUUUUUUGUUUGUUUGUAGGUUUUGUGGGUUGUUGGGGGUUUUUUGUUUUAUUUGUUUGUUUGGCUCUUUUGGCUGACCGCAUUUUCUAGAAUUUACCUAUGCUGUGUAUUUUUGCUUAUGCGAAGGAAAUAGAUUUAUGAUAGCUGUAAGUGUAUUUCUGUCUGGAUACAUUCUUUUCCUAUGUUUUGGCAAGCUUUUUAAGAGUCUGGUCAUCAAAAACCCUCGGUGUUGGUCCAUGAAAGAUACCCGCUUGAGUGGGUGAAMAGUGGAUGCAGAAAAAUAUUAAAGAAACCUUAAAACCUCCAUGUUCUGAGGGUGCCAUAGGAUUUAGCAUGGUGGAUCUGUGAUGCAAGAGGGAUUGGGUGCACAGAUGUGUAUUUGCACCUGYUUGUAAUUGUCACUCUGCAACUGCCUAUACCGGUAACGGUGCAAAGUGACUGAGCAUGACAGUGCCGAUAGGUGGGACAGGAGAGUGGCCCUACCAGCUUCUGUGGCACUCAUAUCCAUUUCUUGCACAGACCUCUGCAGUGCCAGACAUGAGCAAGCAAGUCCAGCUCCUGCCCCUGCAAGCACCCUCAUGCUGCUAAUGUAGUUGAGGGUGGUUUUAGGCAGCUUGACUGAAACGGGGAAGAGCGAGGGAAGGCUGCUCGGAUGGAGAGGAUGUUCAGUGGAGGGGAAUGUACUGAAAACUUCCUCAAACUGAUUUAAGAGCACCACAGUCACGUGCCGUUUCCAGACUGGGACUGGGUGCAUGGCAAAUGUUUUGUUACCUUUUUUUGCUUUAGCAAUGCAAUAGUUCUUUUGGGUCAUUCUUUACUAAAUCUACAGAGAAAUCAUUGCUGGGUAGCUGUGGAGACAGUGGAAUGUUGGGAGGGCUGUCAUUUGUGUGGGGUUUCGUCUUUUUAUAUUGUUCUCUCCACCCCACGUCCCCUACUGCAAGGUCACCGGUGAGUGUCGUGGUGGAGGAACGUCCCAGUGGUGGUCAAACGUAUGGCAAAGGUGUACUUGUGAUAUUGCAGCUCCUACAGGCACGACUGCUUCGCAUCACCCCUUUCCUUGCUAGUAAAAUAUCGGACCAAAUACCCACACGGAAUUUGAUUUAGUGCCCCUCCUUUUGUGUGCUCUUUUGUGCUGUGAUGCUUUCUGUCUGGGUGGAUUAUUUUCACCCCAUAUUGUUUAGGCAGGAUAAAUUUGGAACUGUGUAGCUAAUAAUGAAAAUAAAACUACUUCUUGCACCUUUGUAAAUCUUGAAGAAGAAUUCUAUUGCUGUGUAAUUGCUGAUUCUUAACUUAUUAAACCACAUGAGAAUCAAAACCUGAGUCCGACUUCAUACCUGGUGUAGUGCUGUGGCUUUUCCUCCAACCUGUCCCUGUAUCCCAUAAAUUCUUGUACUUAAAUGAUGGCAAACUGUGUAUACCCAAGCAAGGGUUUAUAAUGCACUGAAACAUUUAAAUGUGAGGGGGUAAACCGAGGCUCUUUCACUCUGGGUUAGCACAUAGGAAAAAUACCAGCAGUGGAGGAGAAGCUGAGCAGGGUAUCAGAGAGGUUAUUUGGGUCCUCCCAAAAAGAGGAGGUUACAGCCCAGAAAUGCUUGGAUGUUAAGGGGAUGUGUUUGUGCAAAAAGUACUAAAAGGUUUUCUUUCUAAUCUUUACUCUAUAAAUUACUAAGAGUAGUAAAAAAAGAAAAAAAUUAAAAUAUAUUUCAGAAUACAUUCCUGUAUCACCUUUUUUUUUAAUACUGGAUUUUUGAGUAUGAGAAAUUCUAAAUAUAUACCUUUUAAAUAUGGAAAUACAACUUUUGUAUAUACAAAUUAAACAAYGGCUUGAACAUGGAAGAAGAUUUGUAGUAGCUGUAAACCGUAAGCGUCCUUGUAAGUGUUCUGUACCCUGCUUAUGCAAAGCUCCUGCAGAAAUGUCCCUGGCUUCCCUGCCAGAGCCACCUCCUCGGGGAGACCAGGUGGCAGACUGGCGUCAGCACAGGACCCGAGGCUGCUGCAGCGGCCCCGGUGCCAGGUGUAAAGCAAAGCCCUCUGUGGCACGGCAAGCACAUAAUGUUUGUAGUCUAAAAAGUGGUAGCGAACAGAACGGGGGGGCAAAAGGUGCUGCAGGGCACAGAACAUCGCACCGAGAAAAUGCUGAAGGAAAAGCUCUCGUGCCAAGGGACAGCACCUGAGAAAGCAGGUCAGCGUGCGGGGUCCCAGGGGGAAAUUGCCUCUUUCAUCUCAUUAGUCCCUCCCCAGGGCCCCCAGUCCCUGCACAAUGCCCUCAGAAAAGAGAAGGGUUAUUAAGAGGAAAAGAGUUUAAACUGAGAGUAGAAACUUCCCUUACCAUUAUUGUCUGGGUCCAAAUUGAGCGGGAACACCUUUUCCCUGUGAUUGUAAUGAUGGCACUUGAAGGCAACCCUGCCUUUCCCAUGCAUUAGGGGUAUAAAGCAGAUUUGGGGGUGAGAGCGGCUGUGGGGACUGGUGUCUGGGUAAUCUUUAUCAGUUUCUAUGGGUCAGAAACACCUCUGCCUUUCAGAAGGCACUGCAGCUUAUCUUUGUGUAUGAGUCCCUGGAAUUUGACGAUUUCUCUAAUAAACCUUGGCCACCUACACGGAGGUCUCCCAGUCCCGUGCCAGACCAAGCCUGGCACCUGCAGCUAGGUGCUGGCUGCCGAGGCUCUUAGCAGCCWCACCUCUGGAUGAGGAGCAGUGCAGCCAAGUGAGAUGCAGUUACAACCGUUGCCCUGGUCUAAUCUGU